AUGCUUAUUGUUUUUAUGGGGAUAGUUACUUCUAUUGGAGGAAUCAUUCACAAUGAAAAUGUGUUUAUUAUUCGUUUUAUUACAUGUUGUUAUGGUGUAUUAUUGUGUUUUAUUUGUUUUACUCAUUCCCUUUGUUCUGUAAUAAUAAGAAGAAAAGAUAUCCCUUAUCCUAAAUUCGUUAGUUAUAUAGCCUUAUUCAUUGGAUUAACAUCAUUUAUAUUUAUUACAGUUAUUAUAUCAUUUACAUUCCAAGACAGUGUCGAUGGAGUUGACCAUCCUACAAUGUUAUAUUAUGAAAGAAUUACACAUUGCUGUCAUAAAAAUGAAUCAAAAGAAGAAUGUGGGUGUCUUCAAAAAAAGUGUAAUUUAUGUGAAGACCAUCUAAUGAAAGUAUUAAAUGGUUGGUAUUAUUCAUCUACUGUAUUAACCAUACUAACAUCGUUAGUACUUGUCUUCUCAGCAAUAAUUCAUCAUCUAAUUGAUAUUCAACUUCUAUAUAGAAAUAUUUAUAAAAACUUCCUAUCAAAUGGUAGAUUUAGUUAUACUCGUUUGGAUUGA